AGUGCAAGGAAGGAAAAUGACUUGCCGGCAGAGCGCAGGCGAUUUGAAAAUGAGCCGAGACCAAAGUGGUGCACGUCAGAAGAAGUGUGCGUCCGACGCGCAUUGAUGCCUCGUUCAGCACGAGUUCUGCGAAGCUGCUUCGGCCGCAUUUGGACUUAUUCAUUUCAUCUAUUUAACCUAAAGGGGCUGCUCGCAAGUGGUGGAACUUGCAGGGAUGGCUUUCCGACGCGUUUCUGCAGAGUGCGGAACCUCGACGCGGCGCGUUUUUCGACUCUUUUGCUUUUUCACGCUGAGCCACAGCGUGCUGUGGAACAAUGGUGCUGACGGUGGGGAAUCUCAGCAGGAAGCAUCGGCCCUGCUCGCGUCGCUCAAUUUACCGCAACACACAGAAUAUGAGCUUGUAUCUCCCUACGAGGUUAACCCCCAAGGCGUUUACAUCUCCCACGAAGUCGCUCACAACCAGCGCAGAAGGCGCCGCAGAUCGUUGGCCCAAGAUGCCGACUCGUCAAAAAGCGGCGGAGAGACGAUCCACCUCCGACUGAGCGGCUUGGGGCAGGACUUCCACAUGGAGCUGAGGGAGGCCUCAGAGAGCCUGAUUGCACCUGGCUUCGCCAUCCAGGUCCUGGGAAAGAACGGCACAGAGAGCCUGAGGGCCUACCAUCCGGACGACCUCUGCUUUUACCAGGGGUCGCUGAGGUCAGAAGUCAACUCCUCGGUGGCAUUGUCAACAUGCGCAGGGAUGUCAGGUUUGAUCAGAACACGGGAUGCAGACUAUUUCCUGAGACCCGUCUCCCAACACCUGGCCCGGAGAGAGAACUUCACAGCACCCUCCAAUCACCAGCCACACAUCCUCUACAAGAGCGACAGGGACCCCCGUACGGAGCGGAGAGGUCACGACCCCCGGGUGCUUGAGAAGAGAUCCCCAGAUUCAAGUCAUCACAAAUCACACAGCCACUUUGUCACCAAGAGAUCCACAAACUCCGUGGCCGACCCCAACGCCCGCCCCGCCGUUCAGGGAGAUGGAAAAGGUGCCAUCAGUCCUGGUGACCAGCCGGCGCAUCGUGACCGUGGUCAUCGUCGCAGCAGGCGUCGACCCGACAAUGACCACGCACACGGAGAGAAGCGGAGGCAACACUUCUGCGGGAGACGGAAGAAAUACAUGCCCAAACCUCCAGAAGAAGAUGCCUUUAUCCUUCCAGACGAGUACGGGAUCAACCCGAGGAACAAAAGAGCGGUGCCAAUGAAGAACCAGGCCAAUCAGAAGCUCAAUGUGGAGACGCUGGUGGUGGUGGACAGGAAGAUGAUGGAAAACCACGGCCACGAAAACAUUACCACUUAUGUUCUUACUGUGCUUAAUAUGGUCUCCAGUCUCUUCAAAGACGGUACAAUAGGGGGGAACAUCAACAUAGUGAUUGUUGGCCUUGUGCUUCUGGAUGAAGAUCAGGACGGCUUGGUGAUCAACCACCAUGCAGAUCACACGCUGAACAGCUUCUGCCACUGGCAGUCCAUCCUGGGAGGCAGAGAGGGCAGACACCACGACCACGCCAUCCUCCUCACAGGACUCGACAUCUGCUCUUGGAAGAAUGAGCCCUGUGACACUCUUGGUUUUGCUCCAAUUAGUGGGAUGUGCAGCAAGUACCGGAGCUGCACCAUUAAUGAGGACACAGGCCUGGGUCUGGCCUUCACUAUUGCACAUGAAUCCGGACACAAUUUUGGAAUGGUCCAUGAUGGUGAAGGAAACGUUUGUAAGAAGUCAGAAGGCAACAUCAUGUCCCCCACACUAGCGGGUCACAACGGUAUCUUCUCCUGGUCCGACUGCAGCCGCCAGUAUCUCAGCCGCUUUCUCAAUUCUGCGCAGGCUGUGUGCUUAUCAGAUGAACCCAGAGCCGUCAAGGAGUAUCGGUACCCGGAGAAGCUGCCUGGCGAGCUGUACGACGCAGACACACAGUGUAAAUGGCAAUUUGGGGAGAAGGCCAAGCUCUGCACCCUGGACUUUAAGAAGGACAUCUGCAAGGCUCUGUGGUGCCACCGCGUUGGGAGGAAGUGUGAAACCAAGUUCAUGCCAGCGGCUGAAGGCUCAGCCUGCGGCCCUGAUAUGUGGUGUCGCAGGGGCCAGUGUGUGAAGCACGGAGACGAGGGCCCGAGGCCUCAACAUGGCCAGUGGUCAGCGUGGUCGUCAUCGUCUGCUUGCUCGCGUAGCUGUGAGAGCGGAGUCACCUAUCGAGAGCGCCAGUGCAACAACCCGAGACCUGCUUUUGGAGGGAAGUUCUGUGAGGGCACCUCCCGGUCCUACAAACUUUGUAACACUGAGGAUUGUCCCCCAAACUCGGCUGACUACCGAGCGCAGCAGUGUGCCGAGUUCAAUGGCAAACAGUUCAGAGGAUGGUACUACAGCUGGAGGCCGUACACCCGAGUGGAUGAUCAAGAUUUAUGUAAGCUGUACUGCUUUGCUGAGGGCUAUGAUUUCUUCUUUGCCCUGGCCAGCAAAGUAAAGGAUGGUACACUCUGCUCACAGGACAGCUCUAAUGUCUGUAUUGACGGACUGUGUGAGAGAGUGGGCUGUGACCGCGUACUGGGCUCCACGGCUGUGCCUGAUGCUUGCGGGGUCUGCAGCGGAGACAACUCCACCUGCAAGAUCUACAAAGGGCAGUUCACCAAGCAGUAUUACACCAACCAGUACUACGGCGUGUUAACCAUCCCGGCAGGAGCCCGGAGCAUCCGGGUGAUGGAGGUGAAUACGUCCAGCUCCUACCUGGCUGUCAGGGACACCCAGCGACGCUACUACCUGAACGGGCACUGGACGGUGGACUGGCCGGGCCGACACCCCAUCGCAGGAGCUAUUUUUGAGUACAAGAGACCCUACAACAGACCAGAGAGCCUAAUAUCCACUGGCCCCACUAAUGAGACACUAGUCGUCGAGAUAUUGUUGCAGGGCAGGAACCCAGGUGUACGUUGGGAAUACACUCUGAAGAGAGCUGAUGAGAAAAAGAGCCACGUCAAACACAACUACACGUGGGCCAUCAUACGGGCCCAAUGCUCAGCUACUUGUGCCGGAGGUCAGAUGAACACCAAGUCAGCGUGCUACAAAGACUUGAGAGUUCAAGUGAACACGUCCUACUGCAAUCCCCGGUCCAGACCAGCCACUGGACUGAUGCCCUGCAACAGCCAACCGUGUCCCGCCAGCUGGUCCGUAGGAGAGUGGGGGGGGUGCAGUCGGAGCUGUGGAGGAGGGGAGCAGAUGCGGCUGGUCCAGUGUGACCAGAGAACCGGUCCGAGCGGCGCCGACGCCCUGGCUGACUCUCGCUGCGCCCCGCCCACUCCGGCUCGGAGGCAGGCCUGCAACGCGCACAGCUGUCCCCCGGCGUGGACCGCUGGGCCGUGGUCACAGUGUUCUCGUAAGUGUGGCAGCGGCUUGAGGAAGAGGACGGUGCUUUGUGCGAACCCUGACCCGGGGGCCCGGACACACGCGCUGACGGACAGUCAGUGUGCUGCUCUGUCCAAACCCGCCAGUCAAGAAUCCUGUUUCAUCAAACGCUGCCAGAAGCAACGCAAAGUCCAAUGGUUUGUCUCCACCUGGCAAGAGUGUUCGGUGACGUGUGGCCGUGGCCAUCAGGCGCGCUUCAUCAAGUGUGCAGAGAAGGACACUGCAGGAAAGUACAGAGAGCUCGCUGCCAAGAAGUGCCACCACGUCCCCAAGCCCUCGAUAGAGCUGCAGAGGCUCUGCAGCCAGGCUCAGUGCCCCGUCCAAACUACGCCGGCGGCCCACCGAUGGAGCACGCAUCGCCUCACCCAUCCACCUCGAGCACAGUGGCAAUCGUCCCCUUGGUCUCAGUGCACAGUGACGUGUGGGGGGGGAGUGCAGGUCAGGACAGUCCAAUGCCUGGUCCAAGGGAAGCCCUCCCCCACCUGUGCCCUCCACCUGAAACCCUCAAUGUCGCAGGCCUGCAACACAAACUUCUGCCAGCAACCUGAGAAGAAAGACCUUGUGUGUAGGGAUUACUUCAACUGGUGUUACCUGGUGCCCCAGCACGGAGUCUGCAACCACAAGUUCUACGGAAAGCAGUGCUGUCAAUCAUGUUCAAACUCAAACCUAUAACGCCUGGCGCGACUCUGUCUGUGACGCAGGCAGACGGGUAGUUGGACAGACAGAAGACUGUGUUUGAGGAGACUGACUGAUUCUGGUUCUGCUUUAAGCGUGUGGAGGGCACCGGGGACGAAUGACACUUCAAAGGGAGUGCACCAGAGGCGCCCUCUGUUCCCUCUGUGAUGCCGGACAUCUGAAUGCAAGAACUCAAUCCACUCCGCGGGGAAAGCGAUUUAGGACAGCGCAUAGGAAUGAGAUCAUCAUUAUGAGGAGGAACCAGCAAAACGGGACUCUUGAUUGAAGCCCAGGCCUGACAUAUCCAAAAGAAAUGGAAAACCUGAGAAAUCCCAGCUUUGUUUAUAUACUGUGUGUGAUUACAAAGACCUGCGCCCAGGACACCCAACGUCUCGCGGUCAGCCACAAACCAGUGGUGGCAGGCCAACAAUGGAAAAAACACGGGGUUUCAGACAGUGCCAUGCAAUAACAUGUGUGACGCCCCGGUCUGCAAUUCUUCAUCAAUAGAGGAUCUGAAAAAGGGAUAUUUCAAGGAUGCAAGUGAGAAAACAUCAUUUUACUCCACAGCGUGAUCAAAAGUAAGAGGAAUUGUCCGAGUGGGUUUUCUCGAACGCGGGACAGCAGGAAGAAGCUUUGUGUCGUCAUAUAGAAGAAAAAGAAACAAAAGGAAACGCAUCGUACACACGUGUACACACGCACACACACACACACACACACACACAUCCAUGGGAGCUAUUCUGAGAUGGGUCCAGGCUGCGUGAACUGACUUUCAUACUCAGCGGUGCUACAACGUUGUCUUCUGUUACAAAAUCAAUGUGAAAUCCUCAAGUUUUAGGAAAUAACACAUGAAUUGUGUGACCCAUGUACAGUAUUGUUUGUUUUUAUUUAUUGGCUUUACAAUACAGCGUUGCUGGAAGACUGUAUUAAUAAGCAGUAUAAAUGUCAUUUUAUUACUCUACCCUAAACCUUCAUAUUUUGUAUUACAAUUCAUUGGAUUUCAUGCUGACAAACUGCACUUUUUUGUAUAAAAUAUUUACAUCAAAAGCCCAAUUCAGUAAUAUCAACAUUGAUUGGUGAUUAUUUAGAACAGCUGCUGGGUUCAAAUCUGUAUUGACGACUAAAGGUAUGAACAGAUUUGGCUCCAUCGAUCAACUACAGAAUCCAACAUCAUCACACAAGUCCUGUACUGCAUGAGUUGAUUGAUUACUCUUGCUAUGCAUACAAGCACUAACAGGUGGUUUUCACAAUGCAAAUAUCAAUAAACAAAUGCAAGUCAUGUC